AUGGAGAAAUAUAGUUCUUGGAGAGACGAAGGAACAGGAAUUCCACCCUUUCUUCCCGAAAGAGGGUUGCCAAGUGCCAAUUUAUUGCAUCUAGUCGUAAGAUGGCUCCAGUAUGUGAUAAUUUCUCUGGCGAGCAUCAUAUUGGUGCCAUUCCUCGGAUUGGAUAGCGUCUAUCAGCUGCGAAUGCUUUCGUUAUACAAAAUAGAGACUGAUGUUCAGGUAGAUGGAGUGAAGAAGAGACAAAUUUGUAAGGAAAAACACUUUCCUAAACCAGGAUGCCUAUAUGUGGCCAAUGCAUUAUCUCCAUUUGAUGCCUUAGCACUAAGGUCAUUGGUAGAUAAGAAAAAUGAGUGCAAUUUCAUUGUUCCAAGGGAGGAUUCACUUUAUACAAUUCAAUUAGAGGACUGGUACCAAUUUGCACUUGACGGUGCAUUGGGUACGAGAAUUGACAAUAGAUUAGUUGAGAUCAAGGAUUUAGAAACUGUCUGCAACGGUAAAGUCAAUUUCUUAUUUGCAGAAGGAACUACAUCUAAUGGGAAGAGUGUUUUACCAUUUGAAGUUCAACCAAAGCUGUUGCAAGAUUUGAUAGACGUAUGUGGAUCCAAAGUGAAAUCGAUUUCCUUAAAAUUGCAUGCGAAGAUCACUACACCUUUAAAACCAAAAUCUGCCUUUAAAUAUAAACUAGGUUGCAUGUCACAGGGUGUACGGUAUAAAGUACGUAUAAGUGAGGAUGUGGACAGACCGGACGUUAGGAAGUUACGGAUUAAUUUGGUCGGUGGUGAUGAAUAUAAACUUGUGGGUAAAAAAUUGGACUUCAGAUCUAAGCUGAGAUUUUCCCAAGUGUACUACAGCUAA